CUUUCCGAGUGAACAAAUAUGGUGUUAAUGAGAAGACUAAUUAAAAAGUCAGCGAGGGAGACCUAAGAUCACCGUGACGAGACAACAGCUGGAAUUCUUGGUGACCCAGGGCUACACCAUCAAGCGCAUGGCCCAACUUUUGGGAUGUUUGGCAUCAUUUUUAUACAAGAGGACAAAAGCUCUAGGGCUGCCAACUAGGAAUUCCAUGUCAAGAUCGUUGACUGAUGAGGAGUUGGAACAGCACAUUAGACGACUUCAUGGGUUAUAUCCCAGAUCUGGCAAUGAGGGAUUGCUGGUAUCACGACAGAGAGUGAGAAUAAUGUUGACGAACAUUGACCCAGCAGCAGCUGCACGUAGAUGGAGUGCUGCCGUGGCCAGAAGAACAUAUUAUGUGCCAUAUCCAAACAGUCUGUGGCACAUGGAUGGAAAUAUGCAUCUCAUCAGAUGGGGCUUAGUCAUUCAUGGAGCUAUAGAUGGAUACUCCCGCCUGAUAACAUACUUGAACUGUAAUACAGACAACAGAGCUGCCACAGUGCUCACACAGUUCUUAAAAGCCACAUGUGUUUAUGGACUUCCAUCUAGAGUGCGGUCAGAUCAUGGUGGAGAGAACACACAAGUGGCAUUGUUCAUGAAUGUUGUUCAUGGUGUGGAGCACAGAAGCCACAUCACAGGGGAAUCUGUACACAAUCAGAGAAUAGAGCGUCUUUGGAGGGAUGUUUUCCUGCAUGUUUUGCACAGUUUCUACAAUGAAUUCUACAGCUUUGAGGACAAUGGCACCCUAGAUCCUGCAAACGACGUCCACAAGCUUUCUCUUCAUCUUGUGUAUUUACCUGAAAUUCAAAGUAGAUUGAGCAGGUUUCGUGAAGCCUGGAAUCAUCACCGUCUGAGAACAGAACACAACCGAACACCCUCUCAGAUCUGGACUGAUGGCAUGCUGACCAACAUGGGGUAAAUCGCACGUCUAUCAACAAUGUGUUUGGUGAUGAUCCAUUCACGGAGCACAAUUUAGAGGGACUUCUGGCACAACAUAGCAUUAACAACUUCCCAGCUGAAAUGGUCGACCAGUUCCCUGCCGUUAAUGUCAAUCCACCCAGUGUUGACCUCAGCCAGGAACAACAGGAAGAGGUUAUGAUUGCCAUUGAAGGCAUUGCAGACUUAAAAUUAAAAUAUGAAAUGUGCUGCAAUGAAAUUUCCCAUCAACUUUCAUUAACUAUGUGAAAAAUCUGAAAACCUGCUUGCUGAGUGUUGCUGAGUUUUUUACUAUAAGGUUUUAAACCUAGUUGUUUGUCAAUGUAGAAUAGGCAAUUUCUCAACUUCCAUGCUGCCAAACAAAUAUUCUUUGGAGUGUUUUAUUUGAAUAAAAACCACUAACAAGUUUUUUUUCCACAAUUUUACACUGUGGCCUCCUUGUAUAUUUCAUACAUUAAAAAAAUAAAUAAACACCUUUAAUUUUUUUUUAAUCCUUUUAUUUUAAUUGUUUACAUUUAACAGUUGUAUACAUUGAAAGAAAAGGGUUUCAAAAAGAGUACUAUGAAUUAUGGAUAGAACUUAUCCAAUUUGUUGGAUUUUAUAAGGUUGACACAAACGUGUCAAUUUGUCACCCAAAUAAACCCAGUUUUUGCUAAACUUUUCUACUUAACAAAAAAGGGAUAAUUCACCCAAAAAUGAAAAUUCUAUCAUGUACUCACCCUCAGGUUGUUCCAAACCUGUACGAGUUUCUUUCUUCUGCUGAAAACAAAGGAAGAUAUUUUGAAGAAUGUCAGUAACCAAACAGUUGAUGCAUUGACUUCCAUAUUAUGAAGUCAAUGGGGUCCAUCAACAGUUUGGUUACCUUAAGUUAACCUUGCUUUAAGGAAUACACAACUUGUUAUUAAGGAUACCAAUCCAAAAUAAAUAAGAAAAUUCUGUUUUAUGAUGUAAA